AUGUAUCAAUUAUUUGUAUGUGUCGAAAUAGCUCAGUUGGGAGAGCGUUAUAUUGAAGAGUUAAACGUCCCUGAUUCGAUCCCGUGUUUCGGCAGAAAUCUUUGUUCAAAAUCCCAUAUCGUCUAUCGCCCAAGAGGCUCGGUGGACGUGUUUUCGCGAGAUCCCCCGCAUGUCAGCGACUCUAUUGCCCCUCCUCUCCCUCCCGGCUUGAGGCGAUGCUUCGCCAUGAGGUAUGAAGACACUUUUGAAAUUGGGUUUGAAUCACCAAUCUUGGCGAUCGUUCCAGUCCUGUUGGUCGGUGAUCAGGUCGUGCGAGUCACCCUUUUCAAGUCUGCAAACGUAUCGGCGAUUUUGGACAAACAUGGCGGCCCUCAACGACAUGUCCUUGAAAGCCGGACGGUUCAAGUUCUCAUCAAAGACCCCAACGUGGACGAGAAAUUUGAGCGGAUUUUGGACUACACACCCAACGCCAAUAUGGAAGUCCUCAAAGUUGGACUACGGGAAUUUGGUUCUGUGCUGGACUUGCGGGAAGAUCGUUACGCAAGGGCCAUAGCUGGCAUGAUUCCCUGCCUCACUGGCGAAAUUACGGUUCGGAUGCCCUUGAGUGCCACCAUUCCCUCUUACCUUCAAGUUGGGGACUACAAAGUUUAUAAGCGUUACUCCAAACAGCCAAUAACGUGCGGGGAAUGUAACCUGACUGGUCGUAUGGCAACGGCCUGCCCGCAGAAAUUGAUUAAGAUCCCGCCGGCAGCGUCCAAACCUAGCUCCAGGAAGGGUCCUAUGGCCCCCAAGGUGGUCACAAAAACUCUGGCGAGAGAAAUUGUGCCGUGGUACCUGAUCGCCAUUCGCACUGAUCCUGACGAAGAUGUCGAUGAAGAAAAACAGGUGGGCAUGCUGAUCACUCUUCUCGGUAGUGAGGGCCUCAAAAUUUACGACACGUUCAUAUUCUCUCGAGCACUAGACGACGAUGCCAAGAAGAUACAGCCGGUGUUAGACAAAUUUCAAGCACACUUUGAGCCCAGACGUAGUGAGGUAUUUGAACGUUUCAAGUUUCUAAGACGCCAUCAGCUUCCAGGAGAAACUUUGGACACGUGGUUAAUUCAACUAAAAAGCCUGAUACAGUCGUGUGGUUAUCCAGCUGAUUCCAUUGAGUCGGUGUUACGUGAUCAACUCAUGCUAGGAAUCAACUCACGAUCAUCAAUACUCCGUCUGCAGCUGAGUCAACACACGCGGUUCGAAGCUUCGACCGGAGGCCCUCCAGUAUGCCAGAUUAUUGCCCGUCUACAAGGCGGCAGCAGCCCACAUCGACAAAUCAAACCUUGCUGUCAACUCAACCUCAUUCAGACAAUCAGCAAGGGAGAUGCAAGGCCACCGCAGCAGCCAGCACGUCAAACGCCACCAGCAACAACAGGCAGGGUGCAUGCGUUGGAAGAAGAGCAUCAGUGGAUUGGCAACGUUGAACAAGGAGGCACCGCAAUGUCUCUUCCGAGGUCUGUUGAUGAUGAUUAUUUUGUGAAUCACAUGUUGCGUUCGUCCAGUGGUGGGACCGAGUGGCACCAACAGCUGUCGCUAGAUGGCGUCGACGUAAACUUCAAACUUGACUCUGGCGCCACCUGCAAUUUUUUUCCUCAUGAAUUCUUUCUCGGUAUGCCCCGUCAACAUCUUCGUCCAGGGCCUAUUGUUCGAAACUAUGGCCCACAAAACGGUCUGUUAAAAGUUCUAGGCCGACACACCGCUCAAAUAGUUCAUCGUGGUACUAGAGUGGUGGUUGACUUUGUGGUUGUUGACGAGCCUGGGCAGCCACCUAUCCUUGGCCUGCCAUCUUGUGAAAAACUUAAUCUCAUUCGCCGAGUUGAUGCCCUUCAGUCGAUUCCCGUCACCCAACCUCAUCCAAUAGUGGUGAAUUAUAUGUGCGGCCAGCCGCCUGCCUUUUUGCCUCGAAGAUCGUGUGAACUUGAUGAAAUGAAGGAUGCGGGCAUCACACCUGUUCACGAACCCAUUGAGUGGGCCAGCCGGAUGAUGGUGGUGGGAAAGCCGGAUGGUGACGUGCGUAUUUGUCUGGACCCGUCGGAAUUGAACAAAGCAGUCCAGCGACAACACUUCUCAGUACCUACCAUCGAACAACUCUUUGCAAAAAUCGGUAAGGCCCGAUUCUUCUGCAGCCUUCAUGCCGCCUCAGGCUUUUACCAAAUACCAUUGUCGACUGCAGAGUCCUACCUCUGUACGAUGGCGACACCUAGGGGCCGGUACCGGUACCUUCGCCUGCCGUUUGGACUGAAGUCAGCCCAGGAAGUCUACCUUCAAACCAUGUUUGAUCUAUUUGGAGAUCUGCCAGGUGUUCUCAUUUACUUUGAUGACUUCCUCGUCACCGGAGAAACACAGGAGGAGCUGCACGCAAAUCUCGAAAAAGUAUUCCUGCGUUGCCGUCUUCACAACUUCAAACUUCAGUUAAAGAAAUGUCGGUUCUUCCUCCAGGAACUUCCGUGGCUUGGUCACGUCAUUUGGACAGGGGACUCUCACACUGGAUCCCAACAAAUUGAACUCACCAGACCACUUCGUGACCUACUAAAAGCCGACGCCGCGUGGAUCUGGGAGGAGCCUCAAAAGUUGGCAUUCGCCACACUGAAAAAUGCCCUAGCGUCUCUACCUGUCUUACGUCUCUUUGAUCAUUCUCAGGAUGUUGUCGUUUGGGAGCUCUUGGCGAUUCAAUUUGGUCUACUGCAAUUUAAACAGUACGUGUACGGCCAGACAGUGGUGGCUGAAACGGACCACAAGCCGCUGGUUGGCCUCUUGGAAAAACUAAUCGCGUCUUGUUCGCCCAGAAUCCAGCGGAUGCGUCUCCGGCAACAGUUCGACUUCAAGUUGGUUUACAAGCCGGGCAAGGAUCUCUUCAUUGCUGACACACUCAGUAGGGCGCCGUCACCCAACUUAUUUAAUGAUAACGUCACUCAGGGGUGUGAAGAGCAAGUUCAUGCAGUGCUCGACCUAGUCAUCUCGAAAGCAUCCACUAGAGAAAAAUUUGCAGCUGCAAAGAUUGCGGAUCCUACGCUUUGUCUCGUCAAAGAGAUCCUGUCCAAAGGUUGGCCUGACCACAAGUCUCAUUGUCCAAUAGCAGCAAAACCGUUUUGGGGUGUUCGUCACGCCCUUUCUGAAGUAGACGGACUACUUCUGUAUGGCAAUCGACUAGUAGAUCCAGUAUCUCUUCGUCCCGAAGUCAUGGAGGGGACUCACGAUGGACACUUUGGUGAACUGAAAUGCAUUCUGAGAGCCAAAUCAGCUGUGUAUUGGCCAGGAUGCGAUGACCAAAUCCGAAACAUGGUUGCUGGCUGCAUCACAUGCCAAACACAUCGCCAUCGAAAUCCUUCACCGCCGCUUCGUCCUGUGCCGCUGCCUUCACACGCAUUCCAAUAUGUGUCGGGAGACAUAUUCACCUUUGAAAGUGUCAACUAUCUGCUCGUUGUUGACGCAUACAGCAAGUGGCCGUCUUGUGUGCCUCUCCGUUCGCUGACAUCCUCCUCCGUCAUCGCGGAGGUUGCGCGUGUGUUCUCUGAUUUCGGCACCCCGGAAGUGUUCAUGUCAGAUAACGGUUCUCAAUUUGACUGUGCAGAGUUUCGUGCUUUCUGUGAUCGGCGCAACAUCCGUGCGGUGUCAUCCAGCCCCACUUACGUUCAAUCCAAUGGGCUCGUCGAGCUUCAUAUCCAGACUGUAAAGCGUACCAUCCUCAAAAUGUUUGCAUCCGGCAAAACGCUUUGGGAAGCUUUAGCAACCAUUCGGUCCACUCCAGUAUCAAAUAGUCUUCCGUCACCGUCAGUCCUCUUGCAAGGCCGUCAUCUGCGUGGAUAUCUUCCGUUUUUACCCGAUCAACUUACUCCGCAGCAUGUCCCAGCGUCUUUCGUUCAAGCUCAGCUACAACGUAGACAGGAAAUGGCCUGCUUUCAACACGGAGGCCGCCUUGAUGUCCGGGGAUCAGCACUCAGAGUCGGACAGAGCGUCAGAGUACUCAUCAGUGGUUUGUGGAUACCUGGAACCAUCGAAUCCGUCUGUACAGUGCCGGGCUCUUAUGUUGUUCGUUUGGCUGAUGGUCGUGUAUUUCGUCGCACACGCCGUGAUAUAAAUAUAGAAAAUUCGUCCAGCGCAUCAAGCACAGCCCGUGCAGUGGCUGCCGGUCCCAUCCAUUCGUCCAGCGCAUCAAGCAAAGCCCGUGCAGUGGCUGCCGGUCCCAUCCUUUCAAAAUUAGUGUGGCAUCCGCCCCUCACUCAACCGAUCCGCCCGGAGGUUCCUCUCAUCAUUCCGUCAACAUCACAAGCGACAGAACCAACCCUUCCAAAUCCUACAACAGGGCCGAAUCAUCGUGGUCAGCCGUCCAAAACUACACCACCUACGCCUUCCCAGCAGCAGGUGAUUCCUCCGGAAGCAGUGGUUAUUCGGCAAGGAUCUACUCGUUCCGGUCGCCCAUACUUGAAGUCAUAA